AUUGCUCAGUCUUUAUUGUUGCAAAAUAGAAGUAGAAUGGCAGCACUACUUUCUACAAAAACAUUAGAUUGCAAAGACCUUCAUGGUUAUUUAAAAACGCUUUCGUCUUACACACUUGACAGAUUGUACAAUCACCCGGCAACAUGUCUUGCCGUUUUCAGGGAAUUGCCACAGUUAGCCAAGCACUACAUUAUGCGCCUGCUGUUGAUUGAUCAGCCAGUAUCUCAGGCAGUGAUUGGAUUAUGGUCGAACAACAAAUAUAUCAAUGAUCACAGGCGGGCAGUUCAAGCCCUGACUGAUCUACGUAUCUGGUACGAGCAGCCGUUGCCAGGGGGUAUGCAGGGUCGCAUGGUGAACGCUACAUUCAAGGCCAACAUGAAGACUGCGCUGCUUGGCGGUGGUAAGCCAUGGACGGGACGUGGUGGGGGAGUUCUGCCCCCUGACAAGAACAGUAGGGAUGUGGAGUUCCUGGAUAAAUAUGCCCUCGAGAGAUGGGAGUGUGUGCUUCACUUCAUGGUGGGAUCCACUGAAGGGGCAGACGGGGUCAGCAGGGAUACCAUUGAGGUGCUCAAACACUCGGGCCUCAUGAAAGUAGAGGAGGGUGACCCAGUCCCAUACAUCACGCCGGCAGGGUUCCAGUUUCUCCUGAUGGACACAGGGUCUCAGGUCUGGUACUUCAUACUGCAGUACCUUGACAUGACAGAUUCCCGAGGCCUGGACCUGGUGGAGUGUCUCUCAUUGAUGUUCCAGCUUAGCUUCUCAACUCUAGGAAAGGAUUAUAGCACGGAAGGCAUGAGUGAUGGUCAAUCACGGUUUCUGCAGCAUCUUAGAGAGUUUGGACUGGUAUACCAGAGAAAGAGGAAGGAAAAGCGAUAUUACCCCACUCGGUUAGCUAUCAAUCUAGCGUCAGGAUUGUCAGGAAUAGUAACGGACUCUCACAGACAAGGGUAUAUUGUUGUGGAAACCAACUACAGACUCUAUGCUUACACAGAAUCAUCACUUAACAUCGCUUUACUGGCGUUAUUUUCUGAGAUGUUGUACCGCUUUCCAAACAUGGCGGUGGCAAACUUGACCAGGGACAGCGUGAGAGCAGCUCUAAUAAGAGGCAUCACAGCAGAGCAGAUCAUAAGUUUCCUGAAGUCACAUGCACAUUCUGAGAUGGUAAAACAGACGCCAUCACUGCCUCCAACCAUCGUAGAUCAGGUGCGUCUAUGGGAGCUGGAGAGGGACAGGUUCAAGUUUGACGACGGAGUUUUGUACAGUCAGUUCCUGUCGCAAGCAGAUUUUGAAAAACUCCGUGACUUUGCAAAGGAGCAAGGUGUGUUGGUCUGGGACAACACCAACAAGAGAGUGAUGGUGGUCUCCAGAGCGGGUCACGACUCAGUGAAGCGGUUUUGGAAACAGCAGAAGAACUCUUGAUGUCGGAAAAACAGGAACUGGCAACCAUGUUAAAUAGUAAAUCUGAAUGAAGAAAAAGAAAGAGGAAGGUUACAAUUCAUGGGUUACGCAAUGGUGUUUUGGAAUUUUAUUCCCUAAAAAAAGUCUAGCAAUUUGUUAUAAGUGAUUUUUUGUAUUUGGGAAAACUUAUGGCAAAUGCUUCUUGUAUGUAAGGAGUAUAGUAGGUACAUGAUGUGUGGUAAUCUGUCCUACAGUUAGAUAUGGGCUUUGGUAGUUAAAUUAACUUAUGACAGAUGCUAUCAUUAGUGAAGGAAACUUGAGAUAACAACAGUAAUGGAUAGCUUUUACAAGUUGUGUUCUUUUAAAAAUUGCUAGUAGCCCAGAGGGGUUUAUUGAUAUGUUCAUACAUAUCAGUCUUGUGGUUUUGUUAUGAAUGUUUUCUUAUUGUCCUAAACUGUUGAUAAAAUGAACACAACUGAGGCAUUCUAGGUAUAUACAUGUAUAUGUACGCUGAAUUUUGUACCUGUUGUAUAUACAAUUGCUUUUUCUUAAUGGUAUUGCAUGUUUGUGUAUAUAUAGUUAUUGUUUGUUAAAAAGAUAGAUAUACAAUGCGCACAAAAAGGAAUUUUGUUCAAUAAAUAAAAAACAAAAUC